CCGACACAAGAGUGGUCCUCACUGCAGGACGUCUUCUACCGCAAAACCGACAUAUACAACUUAACGUCUUGGGCCGUAAAUUCGCUGCAGGGCCAGCGCGUCUCGUUAGGAAAGAAUGGCGGCUUCAUCGCAAUAGUACGCGAUCAGAAUGCCCUCGUGCCGAUUGGCGCGUCGGCCGUCACUGGUACCACGAUGAAGAUUGGCAUCUACACUGCGGCUGGGCAGAUGGUGGAAAGCUUGCCGUGGGAUGCUGCAAAUCGAAUCGUGGCUAUGGGCUUCACAUGGGACGAGCAACUCGCCGUUGUUCUUGACGAGGGACUUGUCCGCCUGUAUCGACUAUUGACACCAUGUCCGAUCAAGCUAUCUUCAACUGCUACCAAGGACGCUGGCUCUUCGAGUGCGGCAGCUGGUAAUCCUUCAGAGCCAAUCGGAGCGACAUCAAACAGUUACUACGUUUCGUACUCGUUGGGUCAAGAGGCCACGGAGACGGGAAUAUUCGAUGCUCAAGUCUGGGAAGAUGGUAUCGUCUUUCUCACAGGGGCAGGCACCUACUGUGAAUGGCAGUUUCCAAUCACACAAAGCUUUGCCGGCAGGACUUCACCAUGUGCACCGCCUACAGUCAACGGUGAUGGCACUGGCGCUCGUUCCAACCUUUCCUCUCGCGGCGCAAUACAGCACGAGGUCCGCAGCUAUUCUCGCCUACCCCUUCAACCGAUAUCCUCCCCCAUUUCAAGCGCAUUGCCCUUUUCCUGGGCGCUUCUACCUCCUUCGUCUGCUAGCCCAUUCUCCGAGUCGGACCUUUAUGUUUCACCAACAGGCUCAUCGACGCUGUACAAGCUUUCGCCUUCACAGCUCGCUGCCCAAGACAUGCGUCUUGACAGGGGACCUUUCUACGCAAUCCGGCCCAGUCCCGAUAAUAAUCUGCUUGCGCUCCUGACGAGCGACUGGAAACUGUGGGUCGUCAGUUCCGACUUUGGGCGAAGCCUCAGCGAGUUCGACGUCAGUGCCUGCGAUGGCUUUGUAACAGGCCAGACCUCGGCAGCAUCGCCCCUUGGCAGGGUGAACACGGAGACAGAGGGAAAGACUGCGAUGAUGAUUGCAGGUAUCUCGCAGAUCGAAUGGUGUGGCAGCAAUACGGUUGUCAUUGCGUUUAAGGACCAAGUCGUAAUGGUCGGCCCGUUCGGCGACUCCAUCAGGUACUACUACCGCGAUCUCGUUCACCUGAAAAGCGAGAUGGAUGGUCUCCGAAUACUAAGCCCAGAUAGGGUUGAAUUCCUUUGCAAGGUCCACCAGUCAACGUCUGCUGUCUUUCUACCCGGCUCGACACACCCUGCGUCCUUGCUAUACGACAGCAGUGAGAACCUUCAUUCAUCGUCGACAAGCGCUAAGGCGGACGAAGGAAUUCGAGCCAUCCGCUCCCAACUCGAUGAGGCCGUGGAAAUUUGUAUACAGGCAGCGAGUUGCGAGUGGGAUGUCAAUCUACAAAAGCGGCUUAUGCGAGCUGCAGAUCUCGGCAAGACUUUCCUCGACUCGCAUGAUCCGUCCACCUUGGUCAGCAUGGCGCAAAAGCUGCGGGUGCUCAAUGCUGCGAGGCACUACGAGGUCGCAAUUCCCAUUUCACACGAGGAGUAUGAGGCGACUGGUCCCCAAGCACUGCUGUCUCGCCUGACAUACCGAAACAAACAUCUCCUGGCACUUCGCAUAUCCGAGUUCCUCCGCUUGCCACCAGAUCCAAUCUUGAAGCACUGGGCGCGAGCGAAGAUCGCACGCUCCAACAAAGAACGGGCGAUCGCCGCCUCCACAUCGCUCGGCCACGCAGCCGACGAUGAGGUCUGCGAUGCUAUUGUUGAGAAAUUCCGAGAUCAGCCAGCGGUGAGCUACGCCGAGAUCACAAAGGACGCCUGGGCAGCUGGACGAGUGCGCCUUGCUACGAAGCUCCUCGUGCAUGAGCCUCGAGCUGUAGACCAAGUGCCGCUACUCCUGAGCAUGCACGAAGACAAGUUGGCACUCGUCAAGGCUGUGGAAAGCGGUGACACGGACCUUGUCUAUCACGCUCUGUUCCGCCUCAAAUCCCAGCUUUCUAGAGCUGACUUCUUCCGCAUCGUCCAAGCUCCACUGCAAGACUCGCUCGGCACAGCGCAGGCAAGCAGGGCUCAAGCUACGUCAUACCUGGCACUGGCAUCGAAUCUACUCGAGGUUUAUGCACGCAAUGAAGAUCGCGAACUCCUUCGUGACUUCUACUUUCAAGACGAUCGUCGGACUGAAAGUGCGUUGCUGGCGAUCGAAGAGGGGUACGAGUAUCCCAUCGAAGGUAUCAUGCUCGAUGCAUCUCAACGCGCGGCGAACCUGUCAUCGCGCAUCAGCAGCCUGCGUGAAGCGAUGAAGUUUUUCAACGAGGACAAGGAGCGCGUACUGGAGGGCAAGCUGACGGACGAGCAAAUACGACUACUUGGUUUCCAGGCAGCUUUGGAGAAAGAGAACCCUGGAAGUGAUGGCAUCUUCAUUGGCCUGAACCUCAACGAGACGAUCCGCAUCUGUCUCAAGCGCAACUUGCACAAGAAGGCCGACAAAAUUCGCUCCGACUGGAAAGUUCCAGAAAAGCGCUUCUGGAACAUCAAGCUCCGCACGCUCGUCGAGAUGAGGGAUUGGGAUGGAAUGUGGCAUUUCGGCAAUUCGAAGCGGUCGCCGAUCGGCUACACGCCUUUUAUACAGCGACUCAUUGAGGCUGGCGAGGUGGCGGACAUCGAUCGCUACCUAGAGAAAAUGUCG